CUCGCAGUCGCCAGCCGACAAUCAAUAUGAUCUGAAGGAAGGCCAUUCCUUCAAUCCUCCACUCGUUUUAUCACGUCACUCGCUUCUUACCUACCAUUUGCCCCGAAACACUUGUUGUGGGUGAGACCAGUCCAGCCUCAAGCUCUGUUUCAUCUAAAGGUCGCACCAUUCAGCAUUUAACUCUAUUCCCUUGAUCUCGAUCUUAAACCGAAAGUUCUCCUUUACACAUCUGAACAUCUCCUUAAUAGCGUAAUCUUAAUCUGUAGAAUUCGACGCGCCUUCUUUUCUCAAUAAUGGAAGCGAUAUGGAAAGAGCUAUCCAAACCAAUCUCCACAGGCAGCCCCCAUUACGACAGGGAUCUUGAAAAGAAGAUACUGCGAGAAUGCGAAGAGUUAGUCAAUAACCCUCAAAAGGUCGCUUUUGAGUACGUGGCCGAGGGACGAGCCAACGUUGUCUUCUCCGUCUCCGAAUCGAAGGACCCGACAGCCCCAGAGGGGCGAUUUGAGGGCACUCUACUCCGUGUCCCUAAGGCCACGUUAGGCGUGACACCUUGUGACUAUGAGACUCUACAAGAGUUUCACGAGGGGCAGGUCGAGGACCGAGUCGGUCGCCACCAUCUUGUUCCUCAGGCCCUCAUCCGGAUAUCAGCUGAGAUUGCGCACAUACUACAUGAUAAGAGGGACAAGGCCGACGAGAGUGAUAUCAGGGCCGGCUACGCCAUGCUGAUCCAGGACAUGAGAGCGUCGCCGGGCUACUCGGUUCUCGAGUUCAAGCCCAAGUGGCUGGCACAGUCACCGAUUGCCCCACCUGACGCCAAGCGCUGUCGCACGUGUGCGCGGGAGGCUUUUCGUAACAGCCAGAAGCUGGCCAAAGGGAAAACGGUGUCGACACCAAUAUGCCCUCUAGGUCUUGUGCACGAGGAUCCCGACGUCGUCAUGGAUACCAUCAAGCGCCUCGCGCCAGCGUGGUCGGCGCGAGAUCAGAAACGUCUCGCGGAUGCGUUUGAUAGAACUGGCAUUCUGAGAAAGCUUCGUGAGCUACAGACAAAGGGGGAUCCUGACAGAGCUCUCUUAGAUCACCCGUCGGAUCCUGACUUUGGGCUAGCCAUGACGCUACGAGACUGCUCUUGUUACGUUCGCAUGCCAGAUGACGUCGGUAAAGACGUCGAGAUCAAACUCGCCGAUGUCGACAAGAAGAAUUGGGAGGAGAAGCAGACAUACUGGCAAGAGUCUCACUGGAACUUGGUCAACAAUGGCUGGUAUCAGGGUGAGGAGAAGGUCGAUACCCCCAUUUCGACGCAGUGCGUCUUGAGCCAAACCUAGCCGACCUGAUCCCGGAAUGAAACCGACCAAGCUACCACUUCUUAGUAUACCAGAGGAUGACAACCUAAGUCGGGGUUCUUUGCUACAGAGCGCUGAAACGUACCCAAUAGAUUUCACGAUGAUUAAUUACUUAUUUAAUGGAAUAAUAUGAAGCAUACACACAGAAGCUUUCUGAAACAAUGUAGCCGGCGUCUCAAC